AAUAAUUUACUAUUGUUCCUAAUAAAGAAGUUUUAGUUAAUAAUUAAAUAACAAUGAAAUUAUGAUAAACCGUAAAAUCAAAAGAAUUUAGUUAAUGAACAAUGAGGUUAUGAUAAAAUUGGAUGUGUUAGAUAAAAAUUCUUAAUAUCCGUUUACCAUCAUUUAAUUAGUAAAGGAUAAGAAUCUCAUUUUAAAAUCGUGAGUGAUGUCCUUUUAUUGAGUACAUCACUAUAUGGCACCAAAGAAACAUUGUUCCAAUGGAUGUAUAUGGCAACAAAGAAUCAUUCAAUUAGUAGCAGGAUGACAUAAUGUUCCUUUCAAUAGCCCAAAGAGUAUACUUGACGUAAGAUAAACCUGAAUACAAAGUAUCAUUGUAUAGAAGUUGCAUCUUCUAUGUUCUAUCAAACACAUAUUACUGCCUUGUAUACUUCUUUUCAAGGUUCACAUAUUCAUCGAGACUUUUAGAGCUAAGCUACGAAGAACAAAACAUAGAAAUUCAAAAGAAAGGUUCCAGUGCAUAGAAAUAACACCCCUAAUAUUUAUAUGUUUCGUUCUACAUGAAGUCAUUUACCUAGUGAGCAAUUUCGGCUUGUUCUGAUGAAUUUGCUACAUUCUACACCGACAUAGUUACUCCCGAAAGCGUCGAAAUGAAAACUAAGCCUUUAGACGACACCAUAACUGGGGUUUGAAACUCGUGCCUGGUGGGUUAAGUCAUAACCUGAAAGCAUUGAGAAUGUAACUGUUAGUAGCAUCGCAGAAUUGAAAUCAAAGAUGAAACAGGGAAUGAAUCAAAGUUGAGAACAAAAGAAAUUGUAGCAGUUUCAUAACGCAGACAUUACCACUAAUGAAAUUCCACCAAUUGGAGUGACUUGUCACAAAUAUGCAUAUCAAUUUCACAACAAAUUGAUGGACUGUUACAUUAAACUUGAACCUGACUAUGCCAAGAAGGCCACAAUAAAGCAAUUGGCAAAUUUCAUAUCCCCAUUUACAUCACUCAACAUAAAUCAGUCUUAAGCUUUGAAACCAUGUUAAGAUGCACCUGUUGCUAAUUCAUAACGAACACAUGAAGCCUGAAGGACAUAUGAAAUUUAUCUGAUGAAGAAGAAAUUCCAGCAAUAUAUAUAAAUUGUUUGCAUUUCCCUAAUCCAAAUGGGAUAUCAAAAGAUAUAGUAAGAGGAAGGGAGAGGAUGAGCGAUUGAGAUUCACCAGUUACCUCCCUAACUGAAGACUAUCAUGUCAUCAGCCCACAACUGAAUACCAGUAGUACCCUAUCGGGUAAAAGUGGAGUCAAGUGACAAUUGAAUGCCUCCUACAAUGACGUAAGGAAAGUAUCAAAAUACGAUCAAGGGCGUGAGCAUAAGGAUGAAAAUUUUCAGUGUUUCAGCUGUGGUUCCUGCAACACAGUACCAACUUUAGGAGAAAAGCUACACAUAGGCAUCAUGUAACAUCAACAAAUAACAUUGGCGGUUCCCAAAGUCAGUCACAUGAUAAUUCCUCCAUGAAAUACACGAUAAUUGAGUGAAAGUGCAAUUAGUGAAAGACACAGCUUGAAGGUUCAUCGGAAAAAAAGACAAUUUCCACAGAGCAAGUGGAAGGAUGGACAAAAUAGAAUACAUCAACAACUAUAAUUUGAGAGGGAAACAAAUUUAUAAUCACUGAUGCCUAGUCAUUUAAGAAACCGUAGCCUAGUUUUUAGAAGAUGUCAAUAGUUAAGAACAAAUACAAUAUCACUGGAAUCAGGCUCCUGAACAGAUUCUUCAAGGUAUUCUACCCCUUCCCCAUAUUUGCAUUCUACUCAUACUCCCCUGCUCCAUCCUACUUUUCUAUUUAUUAUCUCUCACGGGGCACCAUUAAUGGAGUGGGUUAGUUAAUGAUUACCAAGGAUGGAAAUGGAAGCUACACACAAACAUAUCCUAAAUCCAACAAUAAACUGCUAAAGGAGCGAUGCCAACUUUGAGAUUUCACUUGACAACAUCACUCUCACUUGUUUCAUCUGUUUCAGUAAGCUAGUCUUUUAUAUAAUCUGAAAACACCAUAACUAACUGUUGCAGCAGUUUAAUCAAACUCAUCUUGGGGAAUCCUGCAAGUAUUGACAAAAUCACUGAACUCUCAAGCAUUUUAUAUGGUUCUGUUUUUUAUUGAAGGAGCAUUAAGAAGUUUAAUCCUGCAAGCAUUGACAAAAUCACUGAACUCUCAAGCAUUCUAUAUGGUUGUGUUUUUGGAUUUUAGGACGCAUUACAAAGUAUGAACUCCUACUCCCUUAUGCAUCUUUGUAUUGCAACUCCAAGAACUAAGGGGUUGCGAAAAGAAAUCAAGUUUGAUAUGCAAGAACUAUGUACAUUUUCCCCAUUUCAGCGCAUUCGCCCGCAAUCCUUCAACCCCUUCUAAUAACAAAGAGAAAAGCAAAUCGCUCACAGAAGAAUCCUUUUUGAAAGAAUCCAAAUCAUUUCUGGAACAUACUUGAACAGAGUUUAUUUUGAGAUAGAGGUAAAACUUACCAGAAUUUUUUGGGCGUAAAUGGAUACCCCGCAGCUCAUGGUCAACCCAACAUAGUUUCUUUCAUUCUCCGCAAAUACCCUUCAUCUCUUAUUCUGGGCAAUUUUUCAUUCUCUGCAAAAACACAUCUUCCCCCGUUCUGACCAAUCAAAGUAAAGAAGAGCAUGGAUCGGCUUAGUCGGCGCGUUCCUCUUCCUGAAGACGGUUCAUUAAGCGUACAUACCUCUCUUCGAAAUCGAAGACAUGGAAUCGAAGAGGAACCGUUCCGACUUCAAAUAUGUUGGCAAGGAGGGUUCCGAGCUUCAAUUGACUUCAAAUAUGCCGGGAAGGAGGGCUCGUCCCCUGCCGGCGUGCCGUUCAGCGGGUUCAGGGAGGUGAGAGAGGGGAAUUCGAGCGAUUCAUUCGUCGGCGUCCGCUCAGUGGAUUUGGAGAUCUGAUAUCUGUCGUCGCCACUGUCUCCCGCCAGCGUGUCGUUCAGCCGAUUCAUGGAGGUAAGAGAGAGGAGAAUCAGGCAUCGUUCAUCGGCGACAGUUCAGUGGUGAUAGUUGUCGGACAGUGAUUUAGAAGACAUGGCGCUUGGGAUUGACGAUUGAGACUGGGAUUUCCGUCGCCGUUGUUCGUCGAGGUGCCGUGCAGCAAGUUGAGGGAGAGAGGAGAGAGGAGAGAUAAGGGAAGAAGGCUAGAGAAAAGGAGCCGUUCGACUUUGGGAGGUGGGAGAAAGGAUGGAGAAUAUCGAAACCCAUCAAUUUGUUAUUUUUAAAAGGGGCGAUUAAUCAGGUGCAACUCCAUUUUUGGUGGAGCUCAGUCAUCUGACGAACAAAACUCACAUCAACGGCUACACAUGGCCUGCCAAAGUUAAAUACACUUGGGCUCACGUGAAUCAGACCACGGGGAAUCGCCAAACCUUUUCGUGAACAGUAGCUGUCUGUACAUGUGGCUUAAUAAUUCUAAUAGCGCCAA